CUAUGCAGGUAGUGAACCAUCACGGGUCUGGUUGGGUGAACUGGAACAUAGCCCUGAACCUGGCUGGUGGACCAAACUGGGCCGGUAAUUUGGUUGACGCCCUAUCAUCAUCAAUGAAGAAGCUGACGAGUUCUACAAACAACCUAUGUUCUAUGUGAUGGGUCACUUUAGUAAGUUUGUUGUAGCUGGGUCUAGGAUGCUGCCCUCCAGUAUUGAGGAGCUGGACUCACACCAGGUCCACACUGCUGCCUUCCUACGACCUGAUGGACCCAUCGUGAUCGUUCUUCUUAACACAGGUGAGGCAGAGCUAGACUUGAGUGUGGAUGUUGCAAGUGAAGGCUACGCCACUUUGCACCUUCCUGCUAAAACAAUACAGACCGUCAUUAUUGCUGGGGAUCACCAGCAAGCCAAGUCUCACUCCAAGACCAAGUUUACCAAGACACAAAGCUCCGACGACGACCGAAGCUAAAUUCUUGAUGCGGUCGUCCUGACGUCAGUAAAGAGAUCAUAACAUCCCAAUACAAGACCAUCAUUAUUGCUGGGGAUCACCAGCAAGCCAAGUCUCACUCCAAGACCAAGUUUACCACCAAGACACAAAGCUCCGACGACGACCGAAGCUAAAUUCUUGAUGCGGUCGUCCUGACGUCAGUAAAGAGAUCAUAACAUUCCCAAUACAAGACCAUCAUUAUUGCUGGGGAUCACCAGCAAGCCAAGUCUCACUCCAAGACCAAGUUUACCACCAAGACACAAAGCUCCGACGACGACCGAAGCUAAAUUCUUGAUGUGGUCGUCCUGACGUCAUGGUGUGAGGCUGUAACAUCCCAUUCACAUGGUCUUCAGAGGUGAAUUAAGAAAUUAAACGAAGACGCCAGUUGAUAAAAGACCAUAUCUUACGUGAUAUUGAAUUUGCUACAAGAUGGGCCAUUACGAAGAACAAAAAGGCACAAUACAGUGACUGGAACAAUACACAAAUAACUCGCACAUAGGAGAGAGGAGCUUAUGACGACGUUUCGGUCCGACUUGGACUAUUAACUAUUAACAAGCGUGGCUAGUUAAUUGUCCAAGUAGGACCGAAACGUCGUAAUAAGUUUCACUCUCCCAUGUCCGGAUUAUUUGUGUACUGGACCAUUACCAAAAUCCUCUCGUGUAAAUACUUCAUUGUUUAGGUAAGACACAUAUGCAACAGUUAGGUAUCUUUAUUUCGAAACGUUUCGCCUACACAGUAGGCUUCUUCAGUCGAGUACAGAAAAGUUGAUAGAAGC